AUGUGCGACGCAAGCGACUACGCCGUUGGAGCUGUGCUAGGCCAAAGGAAAGAGAAGAAACUCCACGUCAUAUACUAUGCAAGCCGGACCCUCGACGAAGCACAAUGCAACUAUGCCACCACGGAGAAGGAGUUAUUAGCGAUUGUAUUUGCAUUCGAGAAGUUUCGCUCUUAUCUUGUUGGCUCGAAAGUUAUAGUGCAUACCGAUCACGCGGCUCUCAAGUAUCUGCUGUCAAAGAAAGAUGCAAAGCCAAGACUUAUACGCUGGAUACUUCUUUUGCAAGAAUUUGACCUAAAGAUCGUUGAUAGGAAAGGCGCGGAGAAUGGCGUUGCCGACCAUCUGUCAAGAAUGAGAAUCGAAGAGAGCAUACCUAUAGAUGACUCGUUACCAGAGGAAACGGUCUAUGCAGUCAGUGCAAUACCUAUAUCGAGAGAGGAGACCACACCAAGAGCCACCACGGAGAGGAGAAUUGCCUUUGGCGCAACUUGGUAUCGUCACAUAGCUAACUACCUCGCGGCCGACAUAGAACCUCCGCACUUCUAUGGAUACAAGAAGAAGAAAUUCCUCAAGGACAUCAGAUUUUACUUCUGGGACGAGCCAUACCUCUACAAGAAGUGCCAAGACGGAUUGUUUAGAAAAUGCGUGCCGGAGGAAGAGAUAGCCGGGAUUCUGCAUGGAUGUCACGGAUCAGCUUACGCAGGUCAUUUUCCCACGUUCAAGACAGUCUCUAAGGUCUUGCAAGCGGGUUUUUGGUGGCCUACAAUGUUUAAAGACGCUCAAGCAUUCAUCUCACGUUGUGAUGCUUGCCAAAGAAUGGGGAACAUAAGCAAAAGGAAUGAAAUGCCGCAAAACUUUAUCUUGGAAGUUGAGGUAUUCGAUGUUUGGGGAAUUGAUUUCAUGGGACCCUUCCCCACAUCCUUUGGAGAUCAAUACAUACUAGUAGCAGUGGACUAUGUCUCCAAAUGGGUUGAAGCGCUAGCCGCUCCAACAAAUGACUCAAGCGUGGUGAUCAAAAUGUUCAAAUCGAUCAUAUUCCCAAGAUUUGGAGUUCCAAGAGUUGUGAUAAGUGACGGAGGCUCACACUUCAUCAUUCAGAUCUUUGCAAACCUUCUAAAGAAAUAUGGAGUGCGGCACAAGACACCUCUCGGGACAACUCCAUUUCAUCUCGUCUAUGGCAAAGCGUGCCAUCUACCGGUGGAACUAGAGUACAAGGCAGCUUGGGCGGUCAAGGAGCUUAAUUUCAAUCUUAAAACCGCAGCGGAGAGGCGCCUGAUCCAAUUGAACGAGCUUGAAAAGAUCCGACACCUGGCUUACGAGAACAGCAAGAUCUACAAGGAAAAGACCAAAGCGCUCCAUGAUAGAAAGAUAGUGUCCAAGUCCUUUGCCGCGAAUGACCAGGUCCUGCUUUUCAAUUCGAGACUCAAGCUUUUUCCCGGCAAACUACGCUCAAGAUGGUCUGGCUCGUUCAAGAUAAAAGAAGUCAAGCCAUAUGGAGCAGUGGUUCUUGGGACCCUAGUAGAGGAGACUUCACCGUAA